ACCAACGAACCCAAACCGCCUCCACCACCACCUUCCCUCCGCCGCGCGCCAAAACCCAAUCAAUCCGGCCGCACGUGCGCCGCCCAAGCUCCUCAUUCCCUCCCAUGGUCCACCACCACCGCCGUGCUCAUGCCGCGUCGUGCCGCCCGUAAACAAACGCCGCGGAGAUUUGAGCCUGGAAUAAUAAGCUUCGGUUGUUUUCGGCGGACUUCAAAGCGAAUGGCGUUUCCAGAUGAUGAAAAGAUGAAGGGCUGUCGUCCAAAGAUAUUCGGGGCGAAAGAUAAGAAAGCCGCAAAGAAGACAGACCGUCCAAGCUCCUCCGCUGUUAAGUCUGCACCAAGCUCCUCCAAGGCACAAUCUUCUUCCCCAUUCAGACCACUUUCAGAAGUUAGGAGCAUGCGCGAAGUUCGGAGCAUGCGUCUGAGCCAUUUUCUAGCCCGUUCUCCAAGUGUCAUAAAAACUGAAUCUUUUAGGGUAUUUAUUUCUACAUGGAACGUUGGAGGAAACACACCUACCGCUGAGUUGAAUCUGGACGACUUCAUUCCUGCAGAUGACCACUCAGAUAUUUAUGUUUUAGGUUUUCAGGAAAUUGUCCCUCUCAAUGCUGGCAAUGUGCUUGUGAUCGAAGACAACGAACCAGCUGCAAGAUGGCUUGCUCUUAUAAACCGCACGUUAAACAGAACAGUUGACGGGGAUGCUGAUAUCUUCUGUCACAAGCCAUCUCUAUCCCUUGAUUCAACCUCUUCUCGAUCUUCAUCGAACCUUGAUGCUUCUUUCUCCAACCGCUCUGGUUCUGCAAUCUUCCAGUCCUCCUUAAAAUCUAUCAGGAAGCCUUACAUGCCAACUCAGAGAAAACUGCUCAAGAUCUGCAACUGCUCAGUUGAAAUGCCCAGGAAAUCCUACAAAGAUGCUUGCUUUGGAUGCCCACAAGCACACAUUAAUGAGACCGACUCUUCGGAAGAAGAUGAAGUUGAUGACAGAUCAAAUAAUGCUUCUGGUUAUGUGGUUGAUGGAGUGAUUUCGUCUGCUUCUGCCUCUAGUGAUCAGCUAAAAUAUAACCUCGUAUCUUGCAAACGAAUGGUUGGUAUUUUUGUUACAGUAUGGGCAAAGAAAGAACUAGUGCCGCAUAUCGGUCAUGUGAGGACAUCAUGUGUAGGCCGUGGAGUAAUGGGUUAUCUUGGAAACAAGGGAUGUAUAUCAGUGAGCAUGACACUGCACCAGACAAGCUUUUGUUUCAUCUGUAGCCAUUUGGCUUCAGGUGAGAAAGAAGGCGAUGAGUUGCGGCGCAACUCAGAUGUUCUAGAGAUACUGAGGGCCACACAGUUUCCAAGAAUUUGCAGAAGAGCUGGGCAAAGAAUCCCUGAAAAAAUUAUUGACCAUGACCGGGUGAUAUGGUUGGGGGAUCUGAACUACCGUAUUUCCUUGAGCUAUGAAGAUACCAAGAAACUUCUGACUGAAAAUAACUGGGAUGCCCUUUUUCAAAAGGAUCAACUUAACACUGAGCGUGAUUCUGGAAGGGUAUUCAGGGAUUGGAGCGAAGAGAAGAUAUAUUUUGCCCCCACAUACAAGUACACUUUUAACUCAGAUUCUUAUUCUGGAGAAACUGCAACCUCAAAGAAAAAGAGGAGAACCCCAGCCUGGUGUGAUAGAAUACUAUGGCACGGAGAUGGGAUUGCGCAGUCAUCCUACUUCCGUGGGGAGUCUAAAUUUUCUGACCAUCGUCCUGUCUGUGGAUCAUUCACUGUGGAAGUGUAUUUGCUGGACGGCAAAUCAAAGAGGCGCACAUCUAACACUAAUAUUAGAAUUGGUGCUGAAGAGCUCUUACCGACGAGUAAGAAUAAGGUGCUGGGACCAAAACCACAAAAUAAAUCGGCUCAUGUCAUGCCACUCAUGGAGGAAGGUGCCGAGGAAACUUUCCUAGGCUGCGGCUUGCUAUCUGUUUCCAGCAAAUUGUUUUCUCACAAAGAGAAAGGUGAUUAUUAUGCCAGGGCGGAGCUCAAGAGGUCGGCGGUCGCCGAUGACACGUCGGGCAAGAGCAAGCUCAGCGAGGUCCGCACCAGCUCCGGCACCUUCAUCAGCAAGGGCCAGGAUCCAAUUGUUGCUGGUAUAGAGGAUAAAAUUGCCGCAUGGACAUUUCUUCCAAAAGAGAACGGCGAAGAUAUGCAAGUUCUAAGAUAUAAGCGCGGUGAGAAGUAUGAACCGCACCAUGAUUUCUUCACCGACAGUGUUAACACUAUCCGCGGUGGACAUCGGGUAGCUACUGUACUUCUGUACUUAACAGACGUUGCAGAAGGAGGGGAAACUGUUUUCCCCUUAGCCAAGGCACGUAAAGGAUCACACCAUAAAGAUUUGUCAGAAUGUGCACAGAAAGGACUUGCAGUGAAACCACGAAAAGGGGACGCCCUUCUGUUCUUCAACCUUCGCCCAGACGCCGAGACAGAUCCGUCGAGCCUCCAUGGCGGAUGCGAGGUCAUCAAGGGGGAGAAAUGGUCGGCAACAAAAUGGAUCCGCGUGGCCUCGUUCGACAAGGUCUAUCACACGCCAGGCAAUUGCACGGACAACAGCAACAGCUGCUCGCAGUGGGCGGCGUUGGGAGAGUGCACAAAGAACCCAGCAUACAUGGUGGGGACCGUGGCGCUGCCCGGGCACUGUAGAAGGAGCUGCAACGUGUGUUAGCGCUGGAAUCCUUGGGACGCCGCUCGUUGCUGGAGCUGAGGUUCAUACAGGAGCGGCAAUGGCGGGUCGAACUGAGCUGGUGUCGCACGAGGUUUGGUCGUCCAGAUGGUACCGGUUUCUUGUUACUCCCUGAUGACAAGUUGGUUCCUGGCUACCAGUGUUUAAUUAUUGAUUGAUGAACGGUAAACCUGGCUAGAUAGUAUCAGAGGACAGACCCUUGUUGAUUAGUGCUCGUGGUUUGUGCUAGGCAGGCAGAGACGAGUUGAUUGUUAGAGUUGGUCCAUGACAGAUUUCAUGAGCCUGUGGUGCCAUUUUUCUCUGUAGACUGUAGGGACUGUAAUCUCUUUUCUCACUCUUGUGCUAUACUGGUAUAUAUAUGUAGCAUCAACACGUGUUAUCCUGAA